AACACUUUGGGGCUUUAUAUUUUGUUGCUGGAGCUUUGACGUAGGAAAAGUCGUCCCUUUAGUAAUUUAAUUGGAAAUCCAUCUCAAGAAAAUGCCAGUGAAAAAGGCAAUCGCCGAAGCCCAGUUACCGGCCGGAAAAGGAAACUGCGUCCUCUGCGCAAUCGCAGCGGAAAGGAUCUGUCAGCGUUGCGGGGACUUCUACUGCUCCAAAGACUGCCAGCUGAAGGACUGGCCACGUCAUCGCUACAUCUGCUUUCCGCUGCCUGCCUUAGUGAGUCCCUCUUCCCAUUCGGUGCACCAGGGCAGCGGGGAAUUAUCUCCAGAGGCAGCCUGUUUGGUUCGUGCCGAUAAAACCGAAGCGAUCGUUGCAUCUCAAGCUCCUUCUCCGAUACUCAAUCCUAACCCAAAGCGCGAUAGUAUCUGCAGUGGCAUUAGCAAUGCUAGCAGCCUCACACCCAAAAACAAUAAUGCUCCCGCUCCGAUCGCACCCUCCAUCAAUUACGUCUCAAAUAACAGCGACAACAAAGCGAAAAACAAAAUUACCUCGCCGCCAAAACCGAUCAUGCCACCAAGCAAGAGUCUUGUGUUCAUCACUGCAUUCCGAUCCGCCAAUCGUUGCUGUAUCCGCGAUGCCAGCGAAACUGCUGACAAGGCAUAUACCCAAAUGUGCGAGAAGGUCAAUGCCAUGGGAAGUCAGCUACCCAGAGUGGCUAAGCCACGUCCUGGUUUCUGCCUGGCCUAUCACAACGGGAUGUUCCUGCGGGCCAAGAUUACGCCCCCAUACAACAAUUACUCCGCCAAAAUACUAUUUGUGGAUCUGGGAGUCGUCAAGUCGAGAUCAGUCUCGGACAUGAGGGAGAUUAAUGAAGAACUGCUGUCGCUGCCCUGCUUCAGUGUGCAGGUGCAGCUCAAGGAUGUGCCAAAUUAUGCCAUCACCGACGAAGUCAUCGCAUUCGUAUCCCAAUUUGAGGGCGCAAAGUAUGUGGCAGUUUAUCAAAAAACACCCGGUGCCAUCUAUGUGGAACUAAUUCAUCCGGAGACCAACAUUUCGCUAAAUGAAAAAAUAAAUGAGUUCUGCGCCAAUAAGGUAAAUUUGUUUAAUACCGUAAACAAAGAGCCUUCUAAGCAGCAAAACUCAACAACUGGACAUAUGUCCAAUAAGCCUCAAGAACCUUUAGCUGUUCCUGGAAUUAGUCAUAAUAACCAACCUAAAAGGGAAACCGUGUGCCAGGAUGUUUUAAAAAAGGUAGAGACUGAAAAGGAAAAGAGUUUCAGCGAGUUAAUCCCGCUAAACUCUAAAGCCAUAUCUUCAUUGACGGACAAAAAUAAUGUUACACCCAACCUGCAGAAUUCCCUAAUUGGGUGCGAGUCAAAUACACCCAAACAAACUAAAAUGGUUUCUGAUAUCGAAAGUAAUGAUCCUUUAAAACAAGGGUCUCCGACAAAAGAGACAGUGGAUCAGAAAACUUUAAAAAGUAUAGGGUCUAAAAUUGAUAGUAAAAGCGAUUCCGUUCAAGUGGAAAAGUUGAUUACCGCUGACGAGCAUUUAAAACAAAUUAAUCCAACAAACCUCUUUACCGAGUUUUUCCGAUUCUACAGUAACAAAUCCGAUGAUAAAGACCAGGUUGUUGUUCCAAGAGAAAUCUUUUCUGAUUUUUUACGUUCCCACGUAAACGCCAUUGAUGCUCCUCUAUUCAACACUUCAGCUGAAAAUAACAAUACAAAGAUUGAACCAAAGGCAGAUGAAAUCGUCCAGACUUCACAGCAAGAGCCAAUCGCUGAAGAAAAAUCUAACAAACUCAAGUAUAAAGAAGACUCCAACUGUGCUCUUGGAUUAAUAGAUAGUGAAACACCCAAAAAGGAUGAAAAAAUGACUGCUUCCAAAUCAUCAAAACCAGAUGAUGAAUAUAAAGAUUUUUUUACGAAAUGUUUGACUUCAACAUCUACUUUGCCUAGUGCAAAUGUAAAUAGUGAAAAGCCGGAUCAAAAAGAAUUAUCAAACCUGAAUGAAAUAUUGGAUUCUCUGUGCAUCGCUAAAACAAAACCACAGGAAAACGGAACUGUAGGGACCAAAAAGGAACCUGUGCUGAAAGCUCCGUUUGAUCUACGCCGCUUCUCAAUUGAAAGUAAGGAUGGAAUCAAUGUAUACGUCGUGGACAACUCCAAAAUGGCUCGAGGAAUUUUUGGGGCAUUUGACAGCAAGUACGCCACUGAAUUUUCCUCCUUGCACUCUCGCCUGUCGGUAAUCAGUGACUCGGAGCCGUAUAAGCCAGCUCUUAGGGAAUAUAUACUAGCCAGAUUUGAGGAUUCCUGGUAUCGCGGCAGAGUGGAGCAGAUUAUUUUCUCAAAUCAGUCGACUCUCUACCGCGUGUUGUACCUGGAUUACACAAAUGUGGAGGAUAUAUCUGAAAGCGAUAUUCGGCGCUAUCCAUCGGACUUCAACACUCCUUGUAAUACCAACCUUUGCGUUAUUGAAGAUUUUCCACAUAAGACGAAUGCAGCACAGAUUUCCUAUUUAUCGGAGGCCUUAAAAGUUCACCAACAGGUGCACGUUGAUGACGUUAGAUAUAUCAACAAUAUAGCGAUGAUCAAAUCCCGAGCGCUAAUCAACAAGCUCAUGAGUUUGUAAUCCGUUUGUAAUGCAUGACUCCC